GUAACUGCCUCGGUCGGUCAUGGUCUAUACUGGCAGAUAGAUCCUCUCUUCUACAAAUAGUGUUUAUUCUUUUCAACUCAAACACACACACACACACACGCUGUUCUGUGUUCACUUGGUCCCCCCCCCCCCUUUUUUUCUCUCCUCUGUUUCAUUCUACACCAACCAUAAUGAUUUUUGUUGUAACAAAUAGUGGUGCAGUUCUACACUGGAGACAAAACAACAGUUCUGCAAAGUUCACAGGAUUAAAUAAACGAAGUAUCAUUGUCUAGCUAGUGAUCUACUAGACGGGAUGUUUUAAAUUCAUUUUAUUCAAUGAGUCUCAUACCUUUUUUUUUUUAAUUUCUGCUUCGCUAACAUAUAAAAGUGAUUUGAGCUGUGCCAUGUAGGUGUCCUACUAUACGUGUUGGUGUAGGCCGAUACUACGCGGUGUUACCUACAUUUAGUGGAUCUAUGUGCGUAUCUUAAAGACGGUUAUAUUGGGAAAGAGAAAUAAAAGCAAUGUGACAAUAUACUUCUUAUAACGUGUGGAUUUAUUAACGAAAUAUCAAAAGUGUGUUUGUGUGAUAUGUCGGACGCCGAAACCGAAUAAUACACAUCAUUUAAAUCUAGUUGUUUGUUUGUUUUUAAUGUGGUGAUCGUUCACAGGAAUAUAGAAGAGUGUGUUUUUUUCCCUAUUAAAGCCGGUUCUCCAUUGGGUAUUUGUUUCCCCCUUCUUGGUGAUGCUCAUAUGUGCAUGGCAUUGUGUCCUGAAGAUCUGGUGGUGGAAGUUGUCGUUCGAAUGUCGCUAGUUAGAAUCCAAUCUAUCCAGCGCGACACUCCGUAGUCCUACCCGCACCGCUGGAUUACUACUGGAUAUCUUGCGGCUAUAAGUGGAGAGAUCGCCAGUUAAAGAAGUCCUUAUUCGAACACAGAAAAGGGACCAACUUGUUCUGUCUCGGACUAUUUAUUGCAAAGGAUACUACCCUGAAAAGAAAAUCUAAGAAAGUCACAACCGAAGGACAAUGGUUUUGCCUGCGCUAAUUUUGGCAAAAUAUGUAGGUCGCAGCUGGGGCAACGUAGCCAUGGGAUAUACUGCAUACCUCAUUAAUCUUCGGACUCGAAGACAAGCCUUAUUGUGAUACUAGCCUAUUGAUACUGUCUCUUCAAAAUGGACGUCCAAAAAGUCUUCUCUUUAUUCUCCGUCUUGACCAGCACGACUGACUUGAGUACUCAGCAGAAGUGUGACGUCGUAAGUUGGAACACGUGGUCCGGUCGCUAGUACAGUGGUAAUAACGUCACUUAAGGAGGGCUCAUCAUGUGACACUGUGAUGAAGAGUUCCUUCAUUUAUUGACCCUAGAGCCAAAGAGAUGUGAAAAAAAAUUUGUUCAUUCAGAAAUUUUGGAUAUAAAAUUAGUGUGUGGAUUAUACAUUCUAAUCAUCGUUAUUCUUGCAGUUUUUGUGUGUCUGUGUUUUUUCAUGUGUUUAUUUUUUAGAUAGAUAAAGAAUGUGCUGUGUUUUUAGUUCUACAUUUUGUUCAUUCCUUUAUUUCCACAUUGACUUCGCUUGCGGAUUUUAUCGUUUGUACCAAGCUAGUGUCCCUGCGGGCGUCGCGCUGCCUCUCAGCGAGACGACGACUACUGCGGUAGUCCAACCCACCCGCUGACCUGUCUGACCUUGACAGUCAUGCUGGUACGGUGGACGAGUCAGGAUACUGUACUCGUGGCGUUGUUGCUUGCAAUUCUGAUGACAGUACACUCCUCAGCCAAGUCCAAAGACAGGACGGAUUCUCAAGCCGUUGCUCGACACGCCACGAAGUCGCCAGCUGCUCUUCUCGACGACAUUCCUGGAAACAGCAGCUCAGUUUCUACGCCCUCCCCCAAGCACUUUGCUCAGGCGCCCUCCAGAAAGCAUCGCACUAAAGUUCACCGCAACGGUGACGCGAUGGUCGCGCUGGCAACGGCACCUACCAUGGUCAAUGGUACUUCUCAGACCGCAAGGACACACCACGAACCAUUCAGGGAUGGGAUCUAUGUGGAAAAAAAUACUAAAAAUCGUGGAUCUAGAAAGAAAUGGCACGCUGAGAUCCAAGUAGGGUGUCGAGAGCUCCAGGCUCGGCGCUACAUCACCGAUGGCUUCUGCACAUCUACCAAAGCUAUCAAUGAAGUAGUCUGUACUGGUUACUGUUUACCUGAGCAAAACUUACCUUGGUAUGCUGAGUUUGUGAAAACCAUCGCCAGGUCAAAGCUGAAAGAAUGGCAGUGCGUUGAGGACAAAGUGGAAAAACGCUCCAUCAGCUUGCUGUGCCAGGACGCCUCCGUCAGGAAGUACGUCAUCAAAGUCGUCAGGAGCUGCAAGUGCAAGAAAAUGAAAAAGAGGCACAAUAAGACAUAUGUAGAUCUUCCGGGACAGAAGAAAACGCGACGGAAGGAAGCGAGCACAAACGUCAACACGAAAAGAACAUGAAACAGACAUUAAUGUGAGACAAAAUAACAAGAGGAAGAAACGAAGGAAAUAACUAUCUGUAGAUUUGAGACCUUGUGUGUCUGUGUUUACUUAGAAACUUUCACUGCAAUGACUAAAGAAUACAUCGCAGUCUAAAGAUGCAGUGUUUAGUUUGGCUCGGAUUUCGCAUGUAAAUAUUAUACAUACGCUGUUUUUUGUUUAAAUGUGAGCAAGAGUGUGGUUCAUUAAUCUACUCCAUACAAGUAAGAAGGGAAAGGAUAUCAUUUCUAGAUAACAAAAGCAAUGAAAAGAUGAAAAGAAAAUAUAGGCAUUGGGAUGGCCACACUAUCAGUUUCAGUCUUCUCACAAAAAAGAAGAGCUAAAUUGUCCGUAAAAUGUGAUGAGCUUAUUGAUAAAUGUUCUUAAGCUCUUCUAUAGGCUCUUCAUCUUCGUACAUGUUGCCUCCAUUGUGUAUUGUCCUUCUGCCUCAAUAAUUGGUGCCUCGCCCUUCUGCCUCAAUAAUGCCUCGAUGGUGCCUCGCCCUUCUGCCUCAAUAAUUGGUGCCUCGCCCUUCUGCCUCAAUAAUGCCUCGAUGGUGCCUCGUCAUUCUGCCUCCAAGAUGCCACUUGAAAACAGUCUUGUUGGAACUGCACACACCGUUACGGUCACACUUGCGUGUAAUUCCAAGAUGAGCUCAGUUCCACAACUGUAUCGAAAGACUUUCGUAUUUAGACUUUGAUUUUUUUUACUAUCUCAACUUUUGAAUGCUGCUAAUGUUUAAUGAUAGUAGCUUUUAAAUUAUUUGUAGUCUAAACGUAGUUCUGAAAUCAACAGACGUUUAACAAUAUUUUCAUCCUAAACCAAUGAACAUAAAGAUGAUUUGUAUUAUUCUUUGGGCUCUACACUCAGAGACCAUGAGCGUACAACGUCUGGGCGACUCUUCAAUAUCGACAGACACUUUUAAUAGCUUUUUUUUUUCACACAAACCACCAGACAGAAGAGCGUCCAUUACACAUUGCUAGCACUUCACUAACUUCACUAAAUAGUGAUUUAUGAAGAGCUAGUGAGUCAGGAGCAGCGACCUAAAUGGAGGGGUUUCUCUGUUCAAUGAUAAGAGAACAACUAACUCCUUAGGCAUUGAAACCUCCGUAGAAAGGAUCGCCAAACAAGGCGUCGAUCCAAAUAUCUACAAACGCAUACACACAAUGUGAUUUGUGCUUGCUUCGAUAACAUUGUAGACUGCAUGUAGAACUGUUUCGUUUCAAGACAAUGUUCUCACUGAAGACAAAACGAAAGCGAUAAAGGCGAACUUUAUCAAAAGACAACCAAGAAACUUUGAAGUUUCGGACAAUUAAUUUCAAUCAGAGCUCUUGUUGGGACUUCUGACAGCUGGACAGGACUAUAGGCCUACUGUCCAAAAUGUUUUUGUGAUGGGAUUUUCAAAUUUAAAGAAAAUACAAAAAGGAUCCAACUUAUCUACCACAUGAAUAUUUUUUUCAAACUUUUGAAUUCAUGGCUUUGUUUCGCUUCAGUGACUUUGUGGAUUUAGCAGUCGAAACGUAGCCAUCUUUUUUUUUUGUAAACCUUUCGUUGACUAUUUGGAAACUAGCGUACGUAAAUACUAUGCCUUGAAUAUGAAUAAACAUAUUUGAAAUGAAUGGCGAACUGUGAAGUAUAAAAUAGAAAGGCAUUUUUUUUUUAAUUUAAUUUUUUAAUGACUGUUAUAUAGAAAUGUGAAUUGACCACAUGUCAGCAGUUAACAUCUGGAAUCUGGACUAUUAGAAAUUAGUUAUAGACUUUUAAAACUAUAUGUACAACAUAUCUGGAGUGACUAAACACUAUGAAUGGAAAAUGAAUAAGCAUACCGCGGGUUCGUUCAGUUCAUCUCAUUCCAUACACUGUGUGGUUGGGUUUUAAUUGCAGGUGUUUGAAAAGCAAAACAAAUAGUUCGAUGCCUAGUUUUGAACGACAAAGCAGCAACGAGCAAUCUAGCCGAGGCCAAGAAGGCCUGAACACUGACCUACAACGUCACCACCUGUGGGCAGUUUAGACCAAUAGCUCGUUGCCACGUCACAGGUCUCUACGACGUGGCAACGAGCUAUUGGUCUAAAAUGCCUACAUGUGGUGACGUAGCAGGUCAGUGUUGAGGCCUUCUAUAUCGAAAUGGUCUCGACAUAAAACCCUCUCUCUUGUGAACUUGUUUCUGAUUAGCUUUACGUCAUUCAAUGUGGGCCCGUGGACUUGGAUAUGAUGUAUGUUGUGGCUGUUGAUUUUGUAUAAGGCUUGGAUUGAAUGAAUGUUGUUUUUUUUAAAGUCAAUGUAUAUUUAUCCCCUUUUUUCCACCGUACUAGGUAAUUGUGGAAUGGAAGAUAUAACAGGUGUAUAUAUAUACAUACUAAUCUGUUUGAGUGUGAACGAAGCAUGAAUUUAGGUGUUACAUGUGGCUUGUGCUCGCGUAUGUGUUAAGAUUUAUGUACUAAUUAGUAAACUCAGACAACAGUAGGCAAGAAAACAAAGAAUAGUGUAUGUGUGAUUCCUACAGAAUCUUUUUCCCUUUAAACAUUUAUUUUUGUACAUAUCUUUGAUCAGAUUGAAGCAUGAAAAAUGUGUGAACAAUUGGCACCUUCCCCCCCCCUUCCCCUCGUCGUUGAGCUUAGGACUUCUCGUUGUGGGGCUUAAGCUCAUUCAGCGUUGACUAAAGACCCAUGUGACCCAUCUUGCAAAACCCACGUGAACCAUCUUAUAUGACCCAUGUGACCAAUAAAAUAAUACCCAUGUGACCCAUCUCAUCAGACCCGAGAAUUUCUCAUCAGACCCAAAGACCUCUCAUUAGAUCCGGGGACCUCUCAUUAGCUCCGGGGACCUCUCAUCAGACCCAAGGACCUUUCAUCUUAGCCUAUGGUUACUUUGGCGUUAACUAGUUUUUAAAAAGUCGAAAUUCCGUAAUGGAAUCUCAUAAAUUCUACCUUUGAAUGAAAGUUUCUUUCUUGCUAUGUUGACGAUGCAGUAGAAUUGAAUGUCCUUACAAAAAGAUGUUUUCAUUAGUUGAGAAGAACUAGAACGGUAGUUUGAUAUCACCAUAUUACAUAAGUUUCAGAUUUAUAUUGCUGACAGUUUUAGAAAGUGGUGCGUAACUUAUUUUUAGAAAGUGGUGCGCAAUUUAUUUUUUAGAAAGUGGUGCGCAUUUAUUUUUAGAAAGUGGUGCGCAACUUCCCCCAAGUCUUUAUGACAUGCUGACUCUGUUAUGAUUUUCAAUGCGAUCAUAUUGUGUAUUAAUCAGUAGAUCUGCUUUGUGUCCUAUUUCAUCUAUGUACAUUCUAAAUAAAUAGAACAUUCGUUUUGAAUUUGAAUGCUCAA